AUGGCUUGCAAGUCCUUUUUAGCUGCAGGGCAAAAUGUUGUCAAAGCAGCCUACUGGUUUUCCGGAAGUGAAUUCCCAGUUUCUGAUAUAGACUCCACCCAGUUUACCCAUCUUUAUUGUGCAUUUGCUGAUCUAGAUGCCCAAACCAACCAAGUUACCAUUGCUUCCGGGAACUUGAACAGGUUCUCUACUUUCACACAAACUGUCCAACGAAGAAAUCCUUCUGUCAAAACCCUUCUGUCCAUCGGUGGUGGUGGUGCUGACAAGCGAGCUUAUGCUUCCAUGGCUAGCCAGGCUGGUUCUCGUAAAUCAUUCAUUGAUUCAUCAAUAGGGUUGGCAAGGUCUUAUGGCUUCCACGGCCUUGACCUUGACUGGGAGUAUCCAUCCACUCUGACUGAGAUGGCUAACUUUGGAGCAUUGCUUAGAGAGUGGCGAGUAGCUGUUAACAAUGAAGCCAGGAACACUGGCAGGUCACCUUUGCUUCUAGCCGCAGCAGUUUUUUACUCGUCAAAUUAUUACUCAUUGGAUUACCCAGUUCAGACUGUAGCAAACAGCCUGGAUUGGAUCAAUGUAAUGGCUUAUGACUUUUAUGGCCCUGGGUGGUCAGAUGUUACCGGACCACCCGCAUCCUUAUUUAACCCUUCAAGUCAAGUUAAUGCGGAUUCUGGCAUCAGAGCCUGGAUUCAGUCUGGCAUGCCUUCUAAAAAAAUAGUACUCGGCUUCCCCUUUUAUGGAUACGCCUGGACUCUUGCAGAUGCUAAUAACCAUGGUUAUUUUGCGCCAACAACUGGAUCAGCUAUAUCCAAGGAUGGAUCAAUAGGUUACAAGCAAAUCAGGCAAUUCAUAGUUCAGAAUGGUGCCACAACUGUGCAUGAUACUGCUGUGGUUGGGGACUACUGCUAUGCUGGAAGAACAUGGAUUGGUUAUGAUGAUUACCCGACUAUUGUUACGAAGGUCAGGUAUGCUAAGUAUAAGGGGUUGCUUGGCAUGUUGCCCUGGAUGACAACUGGGGACUUUCACGAGGAGCUUCACAAAUAUGGGGUAGUCAUCAGCACGUGGUAUCUGAUUAUGAACAAAUGAUUAAACCGAGUCAAAAAGCAUGGUUGAGAAACUGGUGGUCACGUAUGGAACAAAUGGUCCAUGGACUUUGAGAUGGAUUGGAAAUUUCUGCCUGGUUUCUGCGGGCUUACUUCUUUGAAUGGUGCGAAUAAUGAUGAAGUGAUCGCAUCUACUUACCCGGCGGCACCCUACC